AUGAAGUCUCUCUCACUUCAUUCUCAUGCCUUUUCUAGGUUUUCUUCAAGUGAAGCUGGAACAAACUCUAGAUGGCUGCCCUUCAAGUCAUCAAAUUCUCUCUCCUGUUCCUACAAGCCUCGAAAUUUAAGCAGAUUUUUAUGUCUGAGCACUCAAAAUGGCGGCUUUAGAGAAAACUCUGGUGAAGUUGGUAGUGGAGAUGCGGUGAUAAUUGUGGAUCAUGGUUCACGUCGCAAAGAAUCUAAUUUCAUGCUUAAUGAAUUUGUGGAGAUGUUUAAGUAUAAAACUGGUUAUGAGAUAGUGGAACCUGCUCACAUGGAAUUAGCAGAACCAUCAAUAAGAGAUGCUUUUCAAUCUUGCGUUCAACAAGGUGCAAAUCGCAUUAUUGUUAGUCCCUUUUUUCUCUCUCCUGGAAGGCAUUGGAGUCAGGAUAUUCCUUCCUUAAGUGCAGAGGCAGCGAAGGAACACCCUGAUGUGUCAUACAUUGUUACUGCACCCCUUGGACUACAUGAACUACUUGUGGAUGUUGUGAAUGAUAGAAUCAAGCACUGCAUAAAGCAUGUGGCUGGAGAUGCAGAGGAGUGUUCUGUAUGUGCAGGGACUGGAAAAUGCAGGCUCUAUUAG